AUGAAAAAAUGCGUUCAAAGAGAGAAACUGGAUGAGAAAUUUAAACAAUUACAUGGAUUUAAUGGUUUCACAUGCAAGACUGUCAUAACGGGAUUUACAAUGUUAUGCCAGGUUUUAUUGAUUCUGCGAAAAGCCUUGGAAUUGCUUCUAAUGAAGAUUUCAACGGUGAAUGACAAAAUUGAGUUGGACAUACCAGAGGGAAGAAGGUGUUCUUUGGCAGAAUGCUAUUUAAAAGAUGCACUAAAAAAAGUCGAAUUACAUUUAGGUUCAGAUCUAUAUGAAUUUGGAAAAGUUAUUGCCGUAGAUAUUAGAUCAUAUGCCCAUGUGUUAGAUAUUAUUGGGGACGAAAAGAAUGAAAAAGAAAAUAUUGCGAUCGUGCGUAAAGAACUGCCAGUUGGAAGAAAUUUUUGGGAUUAUUCAUCAUAUUUAUUUGCUGCAAAAGCAAAUCCAGGUGAAAUUCACCAUUGGAAUAGUGGAUCUGAAACUGGGAUAAUACAUAAAGCUAAUGAAAGUUAA